AACACAAAGUAACACAAUUUCAAUUCAAAUAAACACCAUCUUCAAUCCAGAGUAAAAACAGCCAUGAACAAAAAAUAUAGAAUAUUUAUCACAUCAUUCUGACUUUUCUCCAUGAAUAGACGGAUCACCUUUUGUAUCCUUCUUUACAAUGCUCUAAAAUUGUCAUAUGCAGGAAGUUGGAUAAGGAUUUGUGUUGUCAUUGAACGAUGACUUUGUUUCUAUUUUUUCAUAUGUAGGACGUUGGAUAAGGAUUUGUGUUGUCAUUGAACGAUGACUUUGUUUCUAUUUUUGCUAUUUGAGCCAGAACGCAGAAUGGAUGUGAUAAAAAUGCCGCUGGAGUGAGGUUUUUAUACCUGAAGAAAUCAGCAAUAAUAGGGUCAGAUGGUAUGGGCCACUGUCAUACACUGUUUGGACCUCCUUUUCCACCAAUAAAAGUAACGUUAGGUGAACAGCAGGGCAAAUGGAGUCAGAAUUUAACCCAAUAGUGCUCACCGCCCAUUUAGACCAAUAGGAGCACCUGUAAAUGCAUUUCAACUAUUCACACCUCCAUGCCGAAUGAAUUAACAUUUAGCGUUGAACUUGAGCAAAAAAAAUACUGAGUAAUGUAUUGCGAAAGCGACAGAUCUAAGCGGGAAAACUGUUUCCUGAAUUCUUUUGCUUUUAGAUUAAGGUAGAUGUUUUAUUAUUUGCACUAUAGCCCCUGAUUGUUAACUGCAAUAUUCAACAUUAACAAACUGCUCCAUCAAAUCCCGCACGUUCGUUUCUUUUUGACGAGGUCAAACUGAAACGUGAAACAAGAAACCAGUAGCUAAUCCAGGAAAGCCGUCUUCUUCCCUGCGCAACUCAAAGGGUGGCAGACAUGAGACAUUGUUAAAAAUUCUGAGGCAAGAACCUUAUUAGCUUCGUGUUCCAAUAAAAAAGAAGGCACAUAAGGUAAACAUGGAUGGAGCUAGGGAGCAAAGAAAUUCUGAGGCAAGAACCUUCAUCCGCCGCCUGCCGCCUCAUCAGGUUCUGGUUGUAAAUGGACGCGUUCUCUGGCGUCGCCCCGCUCUCCCCGGGCCCACCCUUGGACGGCCACCCCGUCUCCCACACCCUCACCUCCACGCCACCGAACCCCAUCCGGUAAAUCGCGAAGAUCACGGCGUCCACUUGGGCGUACAACAUGUUGUCGUAGUGCAGCCCGGUCAGCGGGUCAACGGUGCUGCCGUUGGGGUUGAACAGGAUGUAGUCCAGCGAGAUCAUGCGGCUGUCGUCCUUGUACGCAAGUGGAAGUACUAUUCUUUAUUGUGCGUGUGCAUGUAUAUGAAAUGAGUACACAUGUCUGUGCGUAUAAAUAUAUGAAUACAUAUUUUUUUCUUUUUUACUUCUGAAGGAGUUGUGUUUGGAGAUUGAAAGGUUAAUGAAUUGUUUUUGAUGGAACGGGAGGAUAAGGAAAGGGAUUAGAUGGACGGAGUGGGGUAAACUUUGUUGUCCAAAAAAUAAAGGAGGUCUGGGUUUUCGUAAACUAAGGGAAUUCAACCUUGCUAUGCUAGGUAAACAAGCAUGGAGGUUACAUACUGAACCAAAUUCUCUGGCUGCAAGGAUGUUUAAGGCAAAGUAUUAUCCCCGCUCUUCCUUUAUUGAGGUAGGGUUGGGAGGAAGCCCAUCUUUUAUUUGGAGUAGCGUGUGGGAGGCAAAACCUGUUGUUUUAGCAGGUUAUCGAUGGUGCAUUGGGGAUGGUAAAUCUAUCCGUAUAUGGGGCUAUCCAUGGCUUCCGCACCAGGUCGAUCCGAGGGUCCAAUUUGCCCCUGUGAAUGGUCUGGAACAGACCUGUGUUGAAGGAUUAUUGGUUCCAGGCGAACGUCGGUGGGAUAACGAUCUCUUACAUGACUUGCUGGAGCAUCGGGAUACGUGACUUGUAUUCCAAUCAGUAAGAGAGUAGUCCCUGACCGAGUUGUUUGGGCGUGGGAGAAUGAUGGGAAUUGAAGUUCUCCUUGAAGAGCUGUUAUAAAUACUUAGUUGGGGAGUACAACCCGGGAGGAUGGCUGGGUUGGACUCGAGUUUGAAAUUUUUUUAUCCCCCCAAAGUAAAGAUUUUCUUUUGGCAGAUGUGCACAUGCAUGUAACAUAGCUAGUGCUGAUAAUCUCCGGGAAAGGAGGGUGGAGCUGCCACAAAGUUGUGCUUUUGGGUGUGAAGACAAUGAGUCAGAAGCACAUUUGUUUAUGUCUUGCAAACUAGCGACGGAACUGUGGACGAAAUUGGGUUGGCUUGUUAAGAGUAGUGUUGGGCAAUCGUGAUUGGAGUGGGUUGAAAAUCUUUUCUCAUCCAAGAACGAUGAUCAAUGUUAUGAGUUUGUUAUGUAUUAUUGGAGUUUAUGGAACUUUCGUAAUAGGAAAAUCUGGAACGGGGAAGCUAGCACAAUAGAGCAGAUCAUCACUUUAGCUAAAUCUGUUCUUGGUGGAUGGCGUGCAGUCCAGGAAACGUGCAGUGCAUCUUUGAAGCAUUCUGGAAGAGAGCCGCUGCAGAUGUGGAGGAAACCAGAGCAAGGGCGAUUAAAGGUUAACAUCGAUGCAGCAGUUGGGGCUAAUGCAAGGCGGGGGCUUGCCUGGGUAGUGCGGGAUGCUAAUGGCGAAUUUGUGGCAGCAGGAGCUCGACCAUGGCUGGGAGGAAUUUCGGCAAAAGAAGCGGAGAUCCUUGGGGUUCGGGAGGCGCUGAGCUGGAUAAAGGAGAUUGGUUGGGAUCUAAUUGAUUUUGAAUCUGAUGCAUAUGAGGUUGUUUCUGCUAUCAAAAUGGAGGUGGUCUAGCACAAUUUGGCCUAUUAGUGGAUGAUGUAAGAGAUUUAAUUAAGCAUUUUAAUAGCAUUUCGUUUGCUUUUAUUAGGCGGCCUGCGAAUCGCGUUGCUCAUGAGCUUCUUCGGGCAGUCGUUUCUAUGUCUGACUGUCAAGUUUGGAUGAUUAGCCCUCUUGAUUGUAUUUUGCAGGCCUUGAGCCAUGAUUUGAUUAAUAAUAAUUAAGUUUAUUGUUUGGAAAAAAA